AUGGUGUCGAAGUCCCUCGUUUCCUUACAACGCCAUCUUCCUCAGCUUUCGUUCUCGCGUGUGCUAGCGAUCUCUGCGGUUCUGCGGGUUGCGCUCAUCUUAUACAGUGAAUGGCACGACGCUCACUCUACGGUUAAGUACACCGAUGUCGAUUACCGCGUCUUCAGCGAUGCGGCGCACUUUGUGCUUAAUCCCACCUCAGCUAACCGAGCCCAGGGAUAUCUAGGACUGUGGACUGGCUCUGGCGAUCCGUAUACCAGAGCAACAUAUCGCUAUACGCCGUUACUUGCGCUCCUCCUGACUCCAAAUGAAUGGCUACACCCGUCAUUCGGGAAAUAUCUAUUUGCAGUAUGCGACCUCCUGACGGGCAUGCUCAUGUACAGGAUGCUCGUCGAUAUCAUCCUUCCCCUUGGCGCUAAAUGCGAGGGGUCUGCAUCCUCAUCUGUGUCUUCGGCGGACCAAGAAAAGCCUACGGACACGACUACCGCCGACACGCGUGUAUUGGAACGAUACGCGACCCUCCUCGUCUCUGUGCAUCUGCUCAAUCCAUUGGUGUUCACGAUCUCCACGCGCGGCUCAUCUGAGGCAAUCCUGUUGCUCUUUGUCCUCUCGACUAUCUACUGUGCCCUGAAACGACGGUGGAAUGCUGCAGCCGUACUGCUGGGUCUCAGCACGCACUGGAAAAUAUACCCGUUCAUCUACGGAGUCGCUUGUCUCGGGUUGGUUGGCAACGGCGUCGGACGUGGAUGGAAAGAAUAUCUACAACGAAUGGUUGACCCACGCGCGCUCAAAUUCGGCGCGUUGAGUGCUGCGACGUUCGCCGCACUGGGUGCGCUGAUGUACUUGAUAUGGGGAUACCCAUUCCUGUACGAAUCGUACCUCUACCACUUGCAUAGGCUCGACCAUCGACACAACUUCUCGCCCUACUUCUACCUCAUCUAUCUCACAUACCCAACACAGUCUUCGCCGCUCGAACUGGAUUCUAUGCCCCUCGGGCAGAGGCUUUUGCGCUCGCCGCUGACCAGCUUUGUACCUCAAAUGGUACUCUCCUUGGGGACAGGACUGCUUUUUGGACGACGGAGAGACGACCUAGUAUUUGCCUGUUUCGUACAGACCGUCGUGUUCGUCGUGUUCAAUAAAGUGUGCACCUCACAGUACUUCUUAUGGUACAUGAUCUUCCUCCCGCUACUCAUUCCGCGACUACGGAUGUCGACUCGACAAGCGCUGCUCUACCUGGGUGUUUGGGCUGGCACGCAGGCGCUCUGGCUUAGCGAGGCGUAUAAGCUGGAGUUCCUUGGGCAGAAUGUCUUCUUUGGACUGUGGGUGAGGAGUCUCAUCUAUGUCGUAGGGAAUUGCUGGGUGCUGGCACAGAUAAUGAGCUGUUAUGCGAGGUGA